AUGACUAACAAUCUAUCUCCAUCUCUUCAUACACUGUCGGUAGAAUUGGUCUAUCGAAUUUUGGACUUUCUUUCUCCUGAGAAUAUUCUUGUUUCGGUUCAAGACGUUUCCACACGGCUCGGUGCAAUAGUUCACACAUACCCUCGUUAUCAAGCGUAUAAUAACCUUCAACAUUACUCAUUUGAAAAAAAUUUGGCAUUCAUUCUUCGUUCCUUAUAUCGUAACAAAACAAUCACUAUGCUCUCAAUUUUUUAUACCAAACUUAAUCCCCAAGAAGAAAAUCAUUUGAUUGUUCUAUUGAAAAUUAAUCAGACAAUCACUUCUUUAUGUUUAAACUGGACUUCAAUCAGCCGUGAAUAUGGUUAUCAGUUUGCUAAUGCCCUGAAGAUCAAUAAAACAAUUACUACAUUGAAACUUCAUCAACCUCAUUUGGAUCCCGAUAUAACAUAUUAUCUCUCUGAUGUUCUAAGAACCAAUCAGACACUCAUUAAUCUGAAUUUGUAUUAUGCUCAUAUUGGUGACGAGGGUGUUUGUCAUAUUGCUAAUUCUUUGAAGAUAAAUAAGACAUUGACUACACUACAUCUCGAAGGAAAUCGAAUCGGUGACGUAGGGAUGCAACAUCUUGCUGAUGUUUUGAAAGUCAAUGAGACACUCGUAACAUUGGAUCUUCAACACAAUGAAGUUGGCGAUGAAGGAACAGUGAAUCUUGCCAAUGCUUUGAAAACUAAUCGAACGCUUUUGAGUCUCGAUCUUGAAUACAACAAAAUUCGUGAUAGCGGAGGAUAUCAUCUUAUGAACGCCUCGAAGAUGAACCAGACACUCCAAACACUAUUGAUAAACCAUAAUCCAAUGAGUCAUUUACAAAAACAAACUAUUUGCACCAUAUUGAAUAUUAAAGAGAUUAUUCAUAAACUACAGCAGCAAAACAAUCAGAUUGAUAAAAUAUCAACAUCUCGACAGGAGAACUCUUUGGAAACUAUUCUGACAUUUAAUACAGGAAAUCUAAAGCACAGAGUUGCUGGUGACGAAGAUAUUCGAUAUAUGGCGAGUAUGAUGAAGUCCAAUAAUACCGUCAAAAUACUUGAUCUAUGCGACAGUCAGAUUACCGAUGUCGGAAUUCGUCAUAUUUGUGAUAUUUUGAAUAACUUGAAAAGUAUCAAUUCCUUGAUUCUGAAAAACAAUCGGAUUGGUGCUCAAGGAGUUCAUUAUCUUACUAAUGCUCUGAUAACGAAUCAGACAAUUACCGUAUUGGAUCUUGGACAAAAUCAGAUUCGUGAUGACGGAGCGCGUCAUCUUGCUGAUUUUUUAAAGAUUAAUCAGAUUAUCAAUACAUUGAAUCUUUCACGAAAUCAAAUCAGUGAUAAAGGAGCUCAUUGUCUUGCUGAUGCUCUAAAGAUUAAUCAAACACUUGUCAGUCUCGAUCUUUCCCUCAAUCGUAUUGGUGAUGAAGGAGAACGUGAUUUUGCUGAUGUUCUCGAGAUCAACCAAACACUCGUCACUUUGAAUCUUCAAAACCAUCGUCUCAAUGAGGGAAAAGUGUUUCAACUUCAUAAUGUUCCAUAUAUAAACAAAACAACUACCGGAUUGGAUCUCCGACGAAGAUAUAUCGAUGACAACCAGAUCUAUUUUCUUGCCAAUGUUCUGAAAUCUAGUCAUGUGGCGGAAGUCUUUUUUACACUAAAUCUUCGAAAUAAUUACAUCGGUGACGCUGGUGUCAAUGAUGUUUGUGAUAUACUCGACACCUUCAAAACAAUUUACACUUUACGUCUCGACAGGAACUGGAUCGGCAAUGAAGGAGCACUGAGUCUUGCUAAUUUUCUGAAGACGAACCAAACCAUUACUACGUUGGAUCUUGGAGAGAAUAAGAUUGAUGAUGAAGGUGCAGAAUAUCUUGCAGAUGCUCUGAAGAUGAAUCAAACAAUCACGAAAUUGAAUCUUCGAGUCAAUCACAUUACCGAUAGGGGCGUGAAACACAUAAGUGAAGCUCUCAAAAUCAAUCAUACAAUGACAUCAUUGUAUCUUCAAGGAAACGAAAUUACCGUUAAAGGGGCACAUUACCUUGCUGAUGCUCUUAAAAUUAAUCGAAAUCUCACUUAUUUGCAUCUUCGAAGAAAUCAAAUUGGUGCUGUGGGUGCUCAGCAUCUAGCUGAUGCUCUCAAAAUCAACAAAACACUCCACACAUUGAACCUCGGACACAAUGGAAUUGGUGAUGAAGGAACACGUUAUCUCAGUGAUGCUUUGAAAAUCAAUCAAAUUGUCAAAACAAUCAAUCAUGAUACCAAUCAAAUAGGAAACCAAGGAGCGUCUUAUCUGAGUGAUACCCUCAUGAAUAACCAAACAAUUACACAUCUAUACAUUUGGGAGAAUCAGAUCGGUGAUGAAGGAGCAGGUCGUUUUGUUGAUGCUCUGAAAGUGAAUGAAACAAUCUUAGAGCUCACAGUUGAUCUCAACCAAAUCAACUUUUAUACAGUAAAUGAUUUUCCUGAUGUUGUUAAAAGAAGAAUGGCAUUGUGGAAUGAUGCUUUCAAAAUUAAUCAAACUAUCAAUACAAUCAAUCUUGAUACCAAUCAAAUAGAAGAUCAAGGAGCGUCUUAUUUGAGUAAUACUCUCAUGAAUAAUCAAACAAUUACAAAUCUAUAUAUUUGGGGUAAUCAGAUCAGUGAUCAAGGAGCAUGUCAUCUUGCUGAUGCUCUGAAAGUGAAUGAAACAAUCUUAGUACUCAAAAUUGGUCUCAACCAAAUUAGCUCUCGUACAAUGAAUGGUUUUCCUGAUAUUGUUAAGAUAAGAAUGAAAUUACGGAAGUAA